AUGUUGGUUCCUUCUCUGGAUGAGUACAUCGACACUGUCGAUCUCGGUAAUGGGCUCAUCAUCGCUCAACAGUCAAUUGGUGUCGCUCAUGAUACGAAGGGCAACUGGGGCAACGCAGACGGUAUCCUUGGCCUCGGGCCUGUAGGCUUGACAAAGGGUUCCCUGCCAAAUGAAAGCGGAAGGACGAUCCCGACUAUCAAUAACAAUCUGCAUAGCCAAGGCACCAUUCAUCGCGAGAUUGAAACCGUCAAUGGAGAGCCAGAGCACGCCGGUCCCAUUACGUACACUCCUAUCGCCAGUUAUCAUCCUUCAUUGAACUACUGGUGUUUCGAACAGAGCAUUUCCUACGGCUCCUCGAUGAUCAUGUCCUCUGCGGGUAUCGUCGAUAUGACCUACCAGUCUGCAACCGGCGGUACUCUAGAUGCGGCUGCUAGUCUUCUCCUCAUUUCCUCUGCCCAGUACGCAGCCCUCGAGAACCUGAACUUCAAUAUUGCUGGCGAAACUUUCUCUCUCACGCCUAACGCCCAAAUCUGGCCUCGUGUUCUUAACACCUACAUUGGCGGUAGUAGCAGUGCCAUCUAUCUCGUCGUUGCCGACAUCGGUAUGCCCAGUGGCACAGGUUAUGAAUUUAUCAAUGGCUACCUAUUCACCGAGCGCUUCUUGACUGUGCUUGAUUCCUCCAGAUCCCGCAUCGGUUUUGCUACCACCUCGUACACUGAUGUCACCACCAACUAA